AUGGUUUCAGAAUAUAUUAAAAAAACGGAAAGAGAGCCAGCGGUGUAUGCAACCUCCAAUGGAGUUCCUUAUCCCAAUCAUCCCUAUGGCGCUCAAACUGCAGGCCCAGGUGGUCCGUUAUUACUACAAGAUUUUAAUUUGAUGGACGAUAUUUCCCAUUUUGACCAUGAACGAAUCCCAGAAAGAGUUGUUCAUGCUAAAGGAGGUGGAGCCCACGGUUAUUUCGAAUUGACUGAUUCAUUAUCUGACUUAACUUAUGCCACUCCAUUCCAAUCCCCUGGUUAUAAAUGUCCUGUUUCAGUUAGAUUUUCUACAGUUGGAGGUGAAAGGGGAACGCCAGAUACUAUAAGAGAUCCAAGGGGAUUUGCAAUUAAGUUAAAAACUGAUGUUGGUAAUAUGGAUUGGGUUUUCAAUAAUACACCAGUUUUCUUUAUAAGAGACCCAUUAAAGUUCUCCAAGUUCAUUCACACUCAGAAGAGAGACCCAUCUACAAACCUUAAUCAGUUAACUGACCCUUACCAUACUUGGGAUUACUUCAUUUAUAAUCCUGAAUGUUUGCAUCAAAUAACUUAUAUGUUUGGUAAAAGAGGUAUUCCAAAAAGUUGGGCAGAGAUGAAUGGAUAUUCAGGUCACACCUUUAAGCUAAUAAACAGUAAAGAUGAAAUUACUUAUAUUCAGAUACAUUGCAUUGCUGAUGCUGGAUUUAAAGGUCUUAGUGAUGAAGAGGGGAAAGAGUUGGCUGGUUCUUCUCCUGAACACAACACAAAGGACUUAUAUGAUAGAAUUGCUACUGGUAAUUAUCCAUCGUACUCUUUUUAUAUUCAAACGAUGACACCUAAACAAGCCGAAGAAUUUCGUUAUUCUAUCAAUGAUUUAACUAAGAUAUGGCCUCACAGAGAAUUUCCAUUAAGAAAGUUUGGUCGUAUGGUUUUAGAUACGAAUCCUGUUAAUUACCAUGAUGAAAUAGAACAGAUUGCUUUUUCACCUGCUCACUUAGUUCCUGGAAUUGAGCCCUCGAACGAUCCAGUUUUACAAUCUAGGUUGUAUUCUUAUUCCGAUACACACCGUCAUAGGCUAGGUGUUAAUUAUCAACAAUUACCUGUAAACAAGCCAAGGACAUUUGAUAGUAAUUCCGGAUGUUCAUUUUUGGCAGGUAAUUUUCAAAGAGAUGGGUUUGCAUCUAUUGAUAAUCAGGGAUCCAGGCCUAAUUACUUGAGUUCGGUAUUGCCUAUUAAUUCAAUAUCGAAUGAUGAAAAGUUGAGUAAGAACGGAUUACCUUCUGUGGAAGAAAAGAAAUAUCUAGGUGUUGUUCCGAAACAAUCCACUGAUAAAUAUGAAAUACUACAGAAAGAACGCAAUUUGAGGUCACAUGAAGAGAAAAUUUGGCUCAAAUCCUACGAUUAUAUAUCUGGGUUUAGUGAACUCGAUAUCGAACAGCCAAGGAACCUCUAUAAAAAUAUCAUAAGUAAGAAAGAUAAAGGAGAUUUCAUAGAGGCUAUAGUUGGUCAUGCCUCCAAAAUAAGUGUUCCUAGAAUAAAGGAAAGAGUACCUCAGUUAUGGGGUUUGAUAGAUGAAGAAUUAGGAAGUGAAGUUGCUAAAGGCUUAGGUGUAAGUUACAAGCAUCUUACAGUUGACGAGUAUAUUACAGAUCUAGGAAUAGCUCCAGCUAAUUAA